AUGUCGAAGACUGCCGGCCUGACCGGCUACAUCAGAACGCACAGCUUGCGUGCCUGGCCGCUCCGGGAGUUAGCGCACACCUUUAUCGAGAAUAAGGCUGGUGAGGUCUUCACUGCAAUCGAGCUAGUCAAACACAUUGCUCACCAUAAAGAUGUUAGGACUACAAAGAGAUACAUCGGAGAGCUUCAGAUCGACUUCCUCACAUCCCGGCUGGAGCAAGCCAAGGCCGCCAACGAUCUAUCGAUGCCUUCGCUUAUAGCGCCCUACAAACGACCAAGAAUCACGUCGGCAGAGAUUGAUCUGGCGUUAUCAGAAACAUUCACCAACCCCGCUGGCGCAACCUCGAAUGAUCGCGCCGCUGUGGCAAUCCAGGCGGUUUCCCGGGUGCUCGUUGAAAGCUACAGAGGGUGUAUGAGGCGGCAAAGGUUACGAUGA